CGAGAUCUCCAGCUAGCAGCUUGACUAGUAGCAGCUCUGUGUUUGCUGUAAACAUCCAUGGCAAAAAUAAAUAGAGCUCCUUUGAAUACAAGGAAGUACAUGAUCAUGUAUCUCGCUCAGGUUUCAGUUCAUAGAAACAUCCUCAAUUUGUGUAAAUACUGACCAGGUACUGAUCUACCCCCCCUCCCCCGUGGGGUUGACCAAGUGGGCAUCCAUAAAUGAUACCGUCUGCUGUUCUGUCCUGUAGUGUUUGUGUUCGGUCGUUCAUAAGUCACCGACUUUUCAGGCUGUGAAGAUGUUAGAUCUGUUACUGGGUCUUGUUUCAGCCUCUUUUCUCUUGUGCUCAUCUUCAGCUGCCGGAGGCAAUGUUGUCAGAUUGGUUGGUUCGAGUUCAGAUGGGUAUUGCGCCGGAAGAGUUGAAAUCUACCACAAUGGAGAAUGGGGAACAGUCUGUGAUGACGGCUUUGACUAUAAUGAAGCUGAUGUGAUCUGCAAACAGUUAGACUGUGGACCACAAUUAACUGUUCAUGCAUCCGCUCACUUUGGUGAAGGCACAGGAAAGAUCUGGCUGGAUGAUGUGAGCUGUUCAGGAAACGAAGAUUUUCUUUCUGAAUGCAGCCACAGAGGAUUUGGAACCCACAACUGUGACCAUAACGAGGAUGCAGGUGUCACUUGUUCCUCUCAUCAGAUCUUACCAUUUCCAUCAUGCUCUGGAAACGUCCAUUUAUACCACGAUCGGGGAUGGAAAGUACUCAGUUAUAACGGCUUUGACACAAAUGCUGCUAAAGUGGCCUGCAGACAGAUGGGCUGUGGUCCAUCAAUCUCUCACUUAGGCCACGGCUACAGCUACAGCGCCGCGCUGCCUGAUUUGAGCUGUUCCGGAAGUGAAUUUUCUCUGUAUGAAUGUCAGCACAGUAAUUCUUGGACAUACCAAUAUGGUUCCUAUGCUUAUGUCUCUUGUUCAGAUUAUCCAGUCCGUCUAGCUGGGCCGUCUCGGUGCGCUGGACGAGUUGAAAUCUACUACAAUGGUGCCUGGCAAACAGUGUGUGAUGACGGCUGGGACUUGAAUGAUGCUCAGGUGGUCUGCAGUCAGUUGAACUGUGGUGUAGCCGUGGCUGCUCCUCACUCAGCGCACUUCGGAAAAGGAUCAGAUAAAAUCCUGUUUGACGAUGUGGCCUGCACGGGGAGUGAAAUACAUCUGACUCGAUGCUCACACAGAGGAUACUUGGUACAUAACUGCAGUCAUCAUCAGGAUGCUGGUGUGAUUUGCUCAGCCGGCCUGAGCAGGUUAAUUGGGCCAAGUAGAUGCUCUGGACGAGUUGAAAUCUUCACCAAUGGAUCCUGGGGAACCGUCUGCAAUAACAGCUGGGACAUAAACGAAGCUCGAGUGGUCUGCAGACAGCUGGGAUGUGGUACAGCACUGAGUGUCCUUCACUUUGGAGAGGGAACAGGAGAAAUUAAUGAAGUGACCUGCACAGGGAGCGAAAGAUAUCUGCCUGAGUGUUCGUACGGUAGAGUUGGAGCUCAGAACUGUAAUCACAGUCAGGAUGCUGGUGUCAUCUGUUCAGGCCAUAUAAGGCCCACUAUUGAACUUACUCCUCAAGGUGACAUCACCUUGGGUCGUAAUGUCAGCAUCAGUUGUUCAGUCACUGAUGCACAAGUAAGAGGGAUAUUUGUCUUCACGACGACCACAGGCUCAUUCAACCGGGCUGUGAACUCAAGCAGCAACUCUGCUACUUUCUACAUCGUUCAGGCCACUUUCAAUGAUCAGGGAUGGUACAAGUGUCAGCUUCAAGUCAUGCUUCCCAAUGAGAACUUCACCACUCUCUUUAGUGACACAGUCCAACUAAGAGUGAGCUUUCCACAACCCACGAUCAGUAUUGAACCCUCUGGAGUGAUUAAUCUCAAUCAGGAUGUCAAAAUAAUUUGUUCAGUCACUAAUGAACAAGGAGGAGGGUCAUUUAUCUUCAGGAAGUCUUCAGGAAGUUUCAGUCAGACUGUGAACUCAAGCAGCAACUCUGCUACUCUAAAUAUCCCUAAAGUUACCUUUACGGAUGCAGGAGACUACCAGUGUCAGCUUAAAGUGAGGAUUUCUAACGAAGACUUCAGCACCAGCUUCAGCAGUUAUGUCUCACUCUAUAUUAACGGUGAAAUUCCAAAACCCAACAUCACCUUGCAGCCUGCCGGUCUGGUUUCUUGGGGUCAGAGUGUCAGCAUCAGGUGUGACGUUAUGGAUGGAUUGAGUGGAUCGUUUAUUUUCACAAACGCUCCCAGUUCUGUCAUUCAGACUAUAAACUCAAACAGCAACUCGGCUACUUUCCAUAUCGCGCAAGUCCGUUUGGGAAAUGAGGGAUUGUACCAGUGUCGGUUUCAAAGAACGGUUUCUGGUGAAGUGUUUCACACCAACUUUAGUGACCCUGUCUGGCUAACUGUGAACCUCUCACAGCCGACCAUCACCUUGGAUUCUGCCGGUGGGGUGAUGUGGGGUCAGGAUGCCACCCUCACCUGUUCAGUCAUCGAGGGUCGGGCAGGAGGAUUAUUUGUCUUUAGGAGAACACCUGGUAAUUUCAUCCAAACUGUAAGCUCGAGCAGCAACACAGCUACCUUCCAUAUCACUCAAGCUAACUUGGGAGAUGAGGGAUUAUACCAGUGUCUGUUUCAACGGAGAGUUUCUGAUCAAGACUUCAACACCAGCUUCAGUGACCCUGUCCAACUAACUGUAUUUCUUCCAAAGCCCAGCAUCACUUUGGAUCCUGCUGGUGUGGUUUCUAUUGGUCAGACUGUCAACAUCGCUUGCUCAGUCUCUGAGGGUCAAGUAGGAGGAUCAUUUAUCUUCAAGAAGACAUCAGGACCAAUCACUCAUGUUGUAAAUUCAAGCAGCAGCUCGGCUUCAUUCCACAUCAGUGAAGUCAACUUGGUGGAUCAUGGACCGUACCAGUGUCAGUUUCAAAGAAGGUCUUUUAAUCAAGACUUGAGCACCAACUUGAGUGAUUCUGUCCAGCUAACUGUGAGCCUACCAAAGCCUACCAUCACCAUCCAGCCCACUGGUGUGGUUAUGUGGGGCCAGGAUGUCCACAUUACUUGUUCGAUCACUGGGGGUGAAGUAGAAGGAUCAUUCAUCUUCACAAAGACCCCAGGUCCUUUCACCCAGACUGUGGUCUCAAGCAGCAACUCGACUAUUUUACAUAUCCAUCAAGUCAACUUUACAAAUGAGGGAUCGUACCAGUGUCAGUUUCAAAGAACAGAUUCUAGCUCUGUUUUUAGUGAUAAUGCGAACCUGAACGUGACAG